AGCUACCGUUUCCGUUGGCCGCUUUAUUCAGAUGGACCUUUCCGGUUGAAAUGUUGUUUCGCUACGCUUACUAAUUAUCUGUUUUUAUUUGGCAACUAGAGGGCUAAAUUAACUCUACAAAUGAAUAUGUUAUUUCAUUUGUAAGGGGACUGUCCCCAUGAUAACUUCCUAACUUGUUAGUUUAAAGUUGUCAAUAACUUACUGCAUACAUGGCUACUACUGUACGAGCAGCUCCACUCCGGAUCCUGUGCAUUCACGGUUACCGACAGAGCGGCGUCUCGUUUCGUGAGAAGACAGGAGCACUACGGAAGCUCUUAAAGAAGCAUGUGGAGCUGGUUUACAUGAACGCGCCUCACUUUGUACAACUAACCGGCGAUGGCCAAGGGCAGGAAAAUGGGGCGGUUCCCGGAAGUGAUGAGUCGCCCAGGGGAUGGUGGUUUUCUGACACCCAGGCUCGGAGCUUCGACGCCAGGCAGCAGUGUCAGGCGAGUUUAGGGCUUGAGGAGAGUGUGGAAGCUGUGAGGGUGGCAGUGAGGAGCAUGGGACCGUUUGACGGCGUUCUGGGUUUCAGCCAGGGUGCCGCUCUAGUCGCCAUGCUCUGUUCUCUACAGGAGCACAAUCAAGAACCACAUCUCCAAUUCCGCUUUGCCAUCCUUGUGGCUGGUUUCCGGAGUGCUUGUACAGAACACCAGCAGUUCUAUGACGCCCAUGCUCCCCUUGUCAUCCCGUCCUUGCAUGUCUUUGGACUGGAAGACCAAGUCAUUCCUGAUAGGCUGAGCCGGGAACUCCUACCCAUGUUCCAGGAGCCUAGGGUUUUGACUCAUCCCGGUGGCCAUUUUGUGCCGGCCACCUCGGCACACAGACAGACCUACAAGGAGUUUCUCGAGAGGUUUUAGAAGGGGAAAGAGACGUGUUAACUAGAGGUUCUAGAGUUCGGUGGCUGAAUGAGCCACACCUAAUCAUACAUAGAAAACAAGGCACUUAUCUGAAUGACCUUAGGUCUUCUUGUGUAUUCCGAGUUGAUGUUAAAACAUUUUAAUUUAAAGCAGCUGAUGUUAUACAGUGUUGACUUCCUAAAGUGCUUUUAACUGUUUAAGUAUUAGUUUGGAGAAAAACAGCAAGCCACUCUCAUGUCACUCAGGGACAGCACUACUGUAUCAUUCUCAGGGCCUCAAGCUAACGUUGAAAUAAAUAGCUAAAACCCAA